AUGCACCAAUCUAGGCCAGACUUACCCGUAUAUGGCCGCGAUGAUCAAGAUCGCCCUAUAAGGCGACACCAUAGUGCUAGCUAUUAUGCCCAUAGAGUUAAAGAAAGUCUAACCACAAGAGUGUCAAAGUUAAUAUGUUCUGUAUUCUUAGGCCUUCUUGCAAUUGUUGGGCUCAUCACAUUUAUCUUAUGGCUAAGUCUUCGUCCUCAUCGGCCGCGAAUUUUCCUCAAUGACUUCUCUGUUCCUGCUUUAGGCCAAGGUGGUGGACCUGAAAAUGCACAUAUAAACUUCAGAGUUACAGCAAGGAAUUCAAAUCAAGGUAUUGGAAUUUACUAUGAUGCAACUCAAGUGAAGGUUUACUAUCGAGAUCAGAGCGUUGGAGGGUACCAAGUGUCGACAGCAUUCUAUCAACAGCCUAAGAAUAGCACACUGUUUGCUAGUACACUUAGUGGUUCAUCGUUGACGUUGACAGAGUCACAGUGGAAGCAAAUGCUGAAUGAUCGAUCGAGGGGGCCAGUGAUUUUUCGACUUGAAUUAACAACGACGAUAAGGUUUAAAAUUUCGUCGUGGAACAGUAAACGUCAUCCGAUGCAUGCUAAUUGUCCUGUUGGACUAGGACAAGAUGGCAUGCUGUUGCCUGUUUAUCUGGAUAAGAGAUGUGCUGCUUAUUUCUUUUGAUUUAGGAAAGGGGAACAUAAUCUAAGUUGCGCGGACUCUUCGUUUUCGAUGCUGAACCCGUGUCGAAUUCUUCAAAAAUACACUACUUCUGGUGAAUCCAGCACGCACUCGUUGACAUUUUUAACGAGUCCGAGAAACAUAGGGAACAUUUACUUCUGAGAUUUUCCAUUUGUUAUCCUGUUCUAAUUUAUUUUUCAUUUUAAGGCUUGUAUUUGACUAUAAAAUUUGAAGUGCAUAAUUUCUGAACAAAAGAAACUCUGUUGAGAACGGCAGCUCGGUGGGGUCCGGGGAAGGGCUGGACCACAAGGGUCGAUUUUCUAGUUCUUUUCUUUGAUAAUCUCAGAGAGGUACUACACAUUGUAAGCUGCCACUGACUAGUUAAUUAACACGGGGCGUGCAUGACCAGGACUAAUCUAACGAUAUCAAGCUAGUCAUUGAUACAGUAUAAAUGUUAUCUGAACAUAAUUUUGCUAUCAAAGGAGCACGUAACGUUAUAAAAAGGCAAGAGGAACAACAAUUUCAUGUAGACAGUCGUGUUUUAAGUUAUGUCAAAGACGAUGAAUUCUCAGCAUUAAAUAGGAAUGAAAGAAAACAAGCAAUACGUAAUCAAAUGGCAUGCAUAGUACUGAACAGAUUUUUC